UAAGCAAUAUUAUGGUAAACUUGUUAAUGUUUCUCCAAAAUUAUCCAUAAUAAAAACAGAAUCUUUCAUUCAGAUUCUGAUUCUGAUUUUGCUUCUGUGUCAUCUCCUUUUCAUAAGUUGUUGCACUUCUGUGUUGCUCUCUUCGCUAUGUUUUCUCUUGGAAUUUAGUUUCUGGGCGAAGGACACACUAUAUUGAACACAUAUACUCUUGGGGCAUUAAUAUUGCGUGUGUGGUUAUUUAUGUACCUUCAUAAAGUAGGAAACUAGGUGUUAUUCAUUGUAUUGGGCUAUCACUUUGUCUUGUAAUAUUUCUCAUGAUCAUGGGAAGAGUGACACCACUGUCUCUUUUUCUUCUGUCCCUUGUUUCUUUCUUUGCAACAUAUAAUCUGAUUACCAUGAUUAUACGGUAUAGAACAGUUGGCUCUGGGAAAUGGAAGGCUGGUGGUUUGGUGUCCUCGAACACUCAACUAUUUCCUGAUCCAAUUAUUCAAAUGCCGGAGAAUCUGAGAAAACCUAAAUCUGAAAAGUUGUUAUUCCAUAUUGCGGUAACCGCAACUGAUGAUCCUUAUAGCAAAUGGCAAUGCCGCAUCAUGUACUACUGGUAUAAGAAAAAGAAGGAUUUACCAGGUUCAGAGAUGGGAAAAUUCACUCGAAUCCUCCAUUCAGGAAGCCCCGACAAUCUGAUGGAUGAAAUUCCGACAUUUGUGGUUGAUCCUCUUCCAGAAGGUUUGGAUCUGGGUUACGUUGUCCUCAAUAGACCUUGGGCAUUCGUCCAGUGGCUGGAGAAGGCUACAAUUGAAGAGGAAUAUAUACUAAUGGCAGAGCCUGAUCACAUUUUUGUGAACCCGUUGCCCAAUUUGGCUUAUGGAGAUUACCCUGCUGCUUUCCCUUUUUUCUAUAUUAAACCUGCCGAACACGAAGAGAUCAUAAGGAAAUUCUUUCCCAAAGAAAAUGGUCCUGUAACAAAUGUUGAUCCCAUUGGCAAUUCCCCGGUUAUUAUAAAGAAGGAUUUGUUGAAGCAAGUAGCACCUACAUGGAUGAAUAUUUCACUAAGAAUGAAACAUGACGAAGAAACAGAUAAAACUUUUGGCUGGGUCUUAGAAAUGUAUGGUUAUGCUGUAGCUUCUUCUUUGCAUGGUGUGCAGCAUAUCCUUUGGAGAGACUUUAUGCUACAGCCACCCUGGGAUUUGGAAACUGGAAAGAAGUUCAUCAUCCAUUACACUUAUGGGUGUGACUACAACUUGAAGGGUGAGCUAACUUACGGAAAAAUUGGAGAAUGGCGAUUUGAUAAGAGGUCCUAUCAACGAGGACCUCCACCUAAAAAUCUAUCCCUGCCUCCACCUAAUGUCCCUGAAAGUGUGGUAACUCUGGUGAAGAUGAUAAACGAAGCAACUGCCAACAUUCCAAAUUGGUGAGCAGGAUGACAGUAUACAUUUUUCUAAUAUUAAAGCCUAAACCACAGAAAUCAAAUGAUUUUUCUUUUUUGACGGGAAAAACCUUUGAAAAAUGUUGUCCACAGAACAUGGACAAAAGAAGGUUCACAAAAGUUAUACCUGUAUAUACAAUUGUUUAUCUAGUUGACAUUUUUUGAUAAAUGAAAUACAGGAGGUUAAAUUUUA